AUGAAAGCUAAAAGCACGGUACGAGAUAUCGACCCUCAAAAUGAUCUGACAUUCCUCAGGAUUCGUUCAAAGAAGCAUGAAAUUAUGGUUGCCCCAGGUACUGCUAUAACUGGCUGA